CGCCGCCGCCGCUGCGCCCGGCCUCCCCGCGAGCGCUCCACCAUGGCCGGUCCUGUUUUCCCCUUGUAAAGAUGGCGGUGCGGGAUCGCUGUAACCUUUAGACUAAUGACUGUCCGAAACAUCGCCUCCAUCUGUAAUAUGGGCACCAAUGCCUCUGCUCUGGAAAAAGACAUUGGUCCAGAGCAGUUUCCAAUCAAUGAACACUACUUCGGAUUGGUCAACUUCGGAAACACAUGCUACUGUAACUCCGUUCUUCAAGCCCUGUACUUCUGCCGGCCAUUCCGGGAGAAUGUGCUGGCAUACAAGGCCCAGCAAAAAAAGAAAGAGAACUUGUUGACAUGCCUGGCAGACCUUUUCCACAGCAUCGCCACGCAGAAGAAGAAGGUCGGCGUGAUCCCACCAAAGAAGUUCAUUUCGAGGCUGAGAAAAGAAAAUGAUCUUUUUGAUAACUACAUGCAGCAGGACGCCCACGAGUUUUUAAAUUAUUUACUAAACACUAUUGCGGACAUCCUGCAGGAAGAGAAGAAACAGGAGAAACAAAAUGGAAAAUUAAAAAAUGGCAACAUGAAUGAACCUGCGGAGAAUAAUAAACCAGAACUCACCUGGGUCCAUGAGAUUUUUCAGGGAACGCUCACCAAUGAAACGCGAUGCUUGAACUGUGAAACUGUUAGCAGCAAAGAUGAAGAUUUUCUUGACCUUUCUGUUGAUGUGGAGCAGAACACAUCUAUUACCCACUGUCUAAGAGAUUUCAGCAACACAGAAACACUGUGUAGUGAACAGAAGUAUUAUUGUGAAACAUGCUGCAGCAAACAGGAGGCCCAGAAAAGGAUGAGAGUCAAAAAGCUGCCCAUGAUUUUGGCCCUGCACCUCAAGCGGUUCAAGUACAUGGAGCAGCUCCAUAGGUACACCAAGCUCUCUUACCGAGUGGUCUUCCCGUUGGAACUCCGGCUGUUCAACACCUCCAGUGAUGCAGUCAACCUGGACCGCAUGUAUGACCUGGUCGCGGUGGUGGUGCACUGCGGCAGUGGUCCUAAUCGUGGGCAUUAUAUUACUAUUGUGAAAAGUCAUGGCUUCUGGCUCUUGUUUGACGACGACAUCGUAGAGAAAAUAGAUGCCCAAGCUAUUGAAGAAUUCUAUGGCCUGACAUCAGAUAUAUCGAAAAAUUCAGAAUCUGGAUAUAUUUUAUUCUAUCAGUCAAGAGAAUAACUUAAAGGACUGUGGAACUAACUCGAGUGAGGGAAAAUGCACUCGGACCUGGUCUCUCUGCAGACGUCCCUCCUCUCCAGUGGACCACCAGUGAACGGCAUCACUCCAAGUCUCGGUGGUCUGGCUGCGUGACUCUCUUCCCCCUUCAUUUUUCUACAAGCAGCACUACUCGUGGUUUUAUGUUAGUCUGAGGUAGAGUUAACUGCAAUCAGAUUGUAGUAAGGAUUAGAUGAAUAACAUUUGCUAAUUUUAGUUUCAGGUACAUACUAUGCCACUGUCUGGCUGAAUUAGAAUGCCAUUUCUUACAGACAUCGACAGUCUAUUUGGGGUCUUUGCUAAUCUUCCUAAAUGGCUUCCGGGGUCUCCUUUCAAUGCAUUCCUUUAACUUGUCCCUGGAAACAUUGCUCCCCAUUUUUAGCUUCUCUGCCUCUUUUCUGACAGAAGGACAGAAGAAUGGGGUAGAUGCUUACCUUUUAGAGCGGCAACUAUAGCUUUAAGUUUGUUCGAGUGAAAAUGUUUUAAAAUUGAGUAACCUCGAAACUGAAUUCAUCUUCCGGGUGGAACAGGGUGAAGAGAAGCUGUUCGAGGAUGCCCAGGGCUGUGCCCACCUGGCCGUUACAAGCCAGGGGCUGAGGAGACGUGGAGCUCAGGGCAGGCAAAGCCGAGAGGAGGAAGCUUUUGUGCACAGUGGAAAGUUGCUUUUCUUCUCUUUCUACCAAAACCAAGUUUCAGGAAAAUAGCUCUGUGCUCUUUGUUUUUAGUGAUGCUCUUCUUCUGUCCUGUGAGUUGUAUCUCUCCUUUAUCCGGCGCUGCUGAGCUUUCCAGGGUAUCUUUCCAACCCCGCUGGUGUUCUGCGGUCAGAGGUAGUAGGGCUGAGACACCACGGGGACUGCCACCCGCCCAGCUCUGCUUAGCCAGGCAGCACCAACACCGUCCUUUCCCAGGAAGAACAAAGGUGCUGCACCUGUCCUUCCAUCAGCCACAUUGUACAACAGUUCAUAUUUCAGCAUUUCAGGUCCUGGCAAGCCCAGGGCUACCAUGGAACCUUCUCCAGAGGAGAUAUUGGAGUUAGCUGGGGAUGCAGGUGGGUCAGAGGAAGUGUCAGUGGGCAGGUGGUGGGAUGAACAAAGGGGCAGCAUUUCUUUGGCUCAGGCUCCCAGGAUGUUUGACAAGACGGAGUUUUUUGGAAGAACCUCAUCUCACCAUAGUUUUACUUUUUUUUUUUCACUUUUGUUGUAUGUGUAUUUAUUAAAUCAUUUGAGUAUCGAUGCCUUUUAUUAAAAGGUUCGAUACGCUGUUUUGCUGUUGAGCAGGUUUUUGGUUUCCUACAAAUCUUUUAAGUUGUAGAUCUCAGCUUCCUGUGGGAAGACCGCUGACUUCCAUACACUAUAAUAUACUGUGAACCUGUUAUUUUGUUACCUAAGACAUCAGCGAAGGAACACGCAAACUUUGGCAUAAUGUGAACUAAAAUUGAAAUUGAAAAUGUUACUGGCCAUUUUGCAACAAUUAAGAGCAUAGCACUUUAUCUAGAUGAAAACUGGAUUUCUUUAUCUUUGAAGUAUCUUGAACUGUUUAUUGCUCACAACUUCCAUAAGCAUG